GAAGGCCCCCCGUCUCGGUGGGGUCCGACUCCUCCCGCGACUCACCCUCGGGGCCCGUCCCGCCCGUUCCCUGGGGGAUGUCGGUCUCCGGUCGGGUAACCGCGGUUCAGUCUCUGAGCUGCGGUAGCGGGGGAACCCUGGGCAGCGCCAGCGGGAGAGAGCCGGGGCGACGGGGUCGCGCAGCCUUGGACAGACCUGCCGUGGGGCCGGCAGCGGGCACCGGCUGGAGCCUCCGCGCCCCUGACGCCGGCGAGAGGCAGCGCUUGGGUUGUUGUUGUUGUUCCUUGGGGCUGAGUUUGGGCACAGGCAACGCAUGUGUGUGCCCAGGGGCUGCUCAGCGGGCUGCAGCCUGGAAGUGGUUGCUUUACACCGAUGGAACGGCAUCAGCUGCACCUGGAAUAGCUUCGGACGGUAAUACCCCAUGCCACCGAAACAAUCAGAGAAGAGCCCACUUCCCCCAACAUCCCAGAGUCUCAGUGACCUUUCAAAAGCUCCCCAUGAAGUGCCACCUUCUGGGUGCCUCAAGAAGUGGAUCAAAGACACUGAUUCUGCUUAUGUGAGGCUGGCAAAGCAAGGAGGCCAACCUGACCUACUGAAGCACUACACUCCUGUGAUAAUGAAGUCCCCUUCAGCAGCAUAUGCUGCACCUGACUGGUACUUACACCACACCAGUCCCCCAGCAAUGGAUGAGCCAUGGAGCUCUGUUUCCUCUCUACCAGAAUAUAUCAUUCACAGAGAGUUUAAGGCUGAUGACCAUCAUGGUAACACUUAUGAGGCAAGAAGAGGGCCUUUUGAUUUUGAUACUAAAAGUGUUUGGCAACGGGAUGCUGAGGACAAAGAAAAUGCAGAGAAAAAGAAGGUGAAGCUCCCAGCUAUAAACCCUAAAUAUCCAAGCAGAAUGCCGAAUGUUUCUACAAGCAAGGAAUUUAGUGGGGCAAAUAAGCUUUCCUUUCCACCCGUGCCUGUUCAGAGAAAAAUUGAAGCAGUAAACUUUAGCAAAUUAAUUAACAAUGGUUAUGGGACUGACUGGUUUCAGCAGUGUACUGGAUGGGAAAAAAAGAUUCAAGAACCAUCAGAAAAUAGUGAACAGUCCAAAGAACCUCUUCCUCCAGAUUCAGAGCCAUCUCAGUCUGAACCACCACCUGCAAGCAAUGAGUUAAAGCCACCAUUUCAGAGAUGUAAUAAGUAACUUGAAAGACUGUUAAGGAAAGUAAACCCUUGUAUGGCCUAUGUAGUGCACUAUUUACAUGUCUGUUAGAUUACUUUUGUGGUUGAACUCAUCCCUGAUUGAGAAUUUCAUUUUGUUUAUAAGAUGGAUGAACUUCAUUGUGCUUGAUUACAGCAAAUUUUAAAGUACAAGCAACAGCUGUUAGUGCUUAUUCCCAGACUUUUUGUUAAUAUAAUAAACAAAGCAAAACUGAAUUUUUCUCCUACACAACUCAAGCUGCUUUGCUGAUGUCAAAUAAGAUUACCAUAUUGCUGCUGACUUGAAUAGACACGGGUGUGCUAUUGAUGUUUCUGAAUCAUCAAGUUUCUUUAGUAUACUUAUGAUUUAUGCCACAAAGAAAGGUGAAAGCCAACUGUGUGGUAUGGGAUGAAAUGUAAAUAGAAUUGAAUUGGUAUGGAUACUUGCAGUAAAAAAGUCAAAGCUUCAUUGGAAAGACUGCUUCUUAAUCCCAAAAAUGCAUUUGUUUAGUCCAGAUACUCAGCUUUCUAUGACAAUUCUAUUGCUAUGCCUGCUGCAGAAGAACUAGUUGAUCAUAGUAUUCAAACACAUAAUUAAGUUAAGACCUGAUGGCAUUUUUUGUUAUAGUCUUGUUAUAUAGAAGCUGAAUCAUUGGUUAACAGUGAUGUGGAUUCAGCUAUAUAUGGCAUCUGCACUUUCAGCUGUUAAAUAAAAAAAUUAUUUAUCCUGAAGUCUUGACUGCAACAAAAAUAUUAUAUGCUAGAUCUCCAUGUUUAUUCACACUAGUAAAAGUUUGUACUUUGAAAUAACAAUGUAUAGAAGUUGUAUUUGAAUAUUUUGAAAAAGUUAAGACACACUGGUAUUUUAACACUUGCUUUGUUAUCUACUUGGAUUAGGAUAUAUCCCUGAAAUGUUAUUAAUAAUUAAAUAUUUAUUAUAAAGUCCAUUAGAAAGGAUGCAAUUUUAUUUUCAUAUUUUUUGCUAGUACUGCAAAAAGUGGAAUUUUUAAUAAACCGAUAAUUUUCUGAAUUUCCUCUUCAGAGUACAUUCAGUACAUUUUACACCCUUGAAUCUGAGGGCUGCAGAUUCCAAAAUGUAUUACUAAAUAUACAUUUCUUCGAACAGAAUGUUUAGAGGAUUUGGCUUAAUAUUGCUUUUCUUUAGAACUUUGAUGUGAAAGUUGAUUGGAAAUAGGUAACACUAUUGCUAAUCUGAACCCUCAAAAUUUUCAGCAAACAUAGGUGGAAGUUUUGCUGUUGAUAUUGCAAGAUCCAGCACUCAAGUCCAUCUUUACUGUUCAUUUGCAAUUCAACUGUCCAAGUUGUAUUUACAAAAAUAAAAGGCUAAAACAUA